AUGGCGGCCACGGUAAUGUCGACCGGACUGGACCAGACGGCAGAUGAAUCGAGCCACUAUCUCACGGAGGCCCCCGCCGUCGUCUUGAUGCCUAAGUCGCAGCUCAUACUGGGCUUGAUUGACAUCUGCUCCAAAACCAGGGGGCUCGAUCCCUCCCCCUCCCCCUCCCCCUCCCCCUUCUCUGCCGGCGUCGUCUCCGCCGGCGUCGUCUCCGCCGGCGUCGUCUCCGCCGGCGUCGUCUCCGCCGGCGUCGUCUCCGCCGGCGUCGUCUCCGCCGGCGUCGUCUCCGCCGGCGUCGUCUCCGCCGGCGUCGUCUCCGCCGGCGUCGUCUCCGCCGGCGUCGUCUCCGCCGGCGUCGUCUCCGCCGGCGUCGUCUCCGCCGGCGUCGUCUCCGCCGGCGUCGUCUCCGCCGGCGUCGUCUCCGCCGGCGUCGUCUCCGCCGGCGUCGUCUCCGCCGGCGUCGUCUCCGCCGGCGUCGUCUCCGCCGGCGUCGUCUCCGCCGGCGUCGUCUCCGCCGGCGUCGUCUCCGCCGGCGUCGUCUCCGCCGGCGUCGUCUCCGCCGGCGUCGUCUCCGCCGGCGUCGUCUCCGCCGGCGUCGUCUCCGCCGGCGUCGUCUCCGCCGGCGUCGUCUCCGCCGGCGUCGUCUCCGCCGGCGUCGUCUCCGCCGGCGUCGUCUCCGCCGGCGUCGUCUCCGCCGGCGUCGUCUCCGCCGGCGUCGUCUCCGCCGGCGUCGUCUCCGCCGGCGUCGUCUCCGCCGGCGUCGUCUCCGCCGGCGUCGUCUCCGCCGGCGUCGUCUCCGCCGGCGUCGUCUCCGCCGGCGUCGUCUCCGCCGGCGUCGUCUCCGCCGGCGUCGUCUCCGCCGGCGUCGUCUCCGCCGGCGUCGUCUCCGCCGGCGUCGUCUCCGCCGGCGUCGUCUCCGCCGGCGUCGUCUCCGCCGGCGUCGUCUCCGCCGGCGUCGUCUCCGCCGGCGUCGUCUCCGCCGGCGUCGUCUCCGCCGGCGUCGUCUCCGCCGGCGUCGUCUCCGCCGGCGUCGUCUCCGCCGGCGUCGUCUCCGCCGGCGUCGUCUCCGCCGGCGUCGUCUCCGCCGGCGUCGUCUCCGCCGGCGUCGUCUCCGCCGGCGUCGUCUCCGCCGGCGUCGUCUCCGCCGGCGUCGUCUCCGCCGGCGUCGUCUCCGCCGGCGUCGUCUCCGCCGGCGUCGUCUCCGCCGGCGUCGUCUCCGCCGGCGUCGUCUCCGCCGGCGUCGUCUCCGCCGGCGUCGUCUCCGCCGGCGUCGUCUCCGCCGGCGUCGUCUCCGCCGGCGUCGUCUCCGCCGGCGUCGUCUCCGCCGGCGUCGUCUCCGCCGGCGUCGUCUCCGCCGGCGUCGUCUCCGCCGGCGUCGUCUCCGCCGGCGUCGUCUCCGCCGGCGUCGUCUCCGCCGGCGUCGUCUCCGAGCGUCAGUUUACACUCGACGUGUUCUUUGUCGAGCUGCUGCAGAAACGGCUGCAGGAAGAAGAAGAAAUCCGUGUUGCUUCGCAUGACGACUUACAACAAUGUGAGAUCGUCAGAGAUGUUGUUCUUGAAGAUGAAGAGGUUCAGAAUGCAACAAAUAGAAAUGAGGUGGUUGCACCUACAAACGAGCCACAUAUCCCCAAAAGGAAUCAAGAACAGAGUCCUGGAUCUCCAGCAGAAGAUGUUCCACUUCUAGUAAGCCUACGAGAGGUCACAACAACAUAA